AUGACGACGGUCGAUAAAGUCGAUAUACAUCCUAGAGCACUCGUUUGUCAGGACGCUGAUUUGAGAGGUAAUAUAACGAUAUCAGAUGGUACAGUAGUACAUCCAAAGUGUACUAUAUUAGCCGUACCCGGUCCUAUCAUCAUAGGCGAGAACUGUAUCGUUGAAGAAAGUGCAAUUAUAGUGAAUAGACGUAAAGAGCCUAUGUUAAUUGGAAAUGAAAACGUCUUCCAAGUUGGCUCCCGCCUGGAAGCAGCAUCAGUAGGAAACCGUAAUACAUUCAGUCCAAAAUGUAGAGUAUUGAGCUCUAUAGAGAUACCCGACGACUGUUUUAUCGGUCCAGCUUGUUUGGUUGCCCCCGCAUUCACGAAUCCACCAAGAGAAGACUUGAGUGAACGUCUCCAAGACUACACACAGGUAUUCGGGCAAAAUUCUGAGCGCAGGAUUGGCGACAGCGUCGGUAAAAUACAUCAAAGGGCUUUACUCGCGAAACAUUUGGAUUAUUUGCGAUUUGCACUACCAAAGUAUGUCAAAAUGAGGAAUGUAUAG